AUGGCCUCUCGAACGGAGUCGGUUCAGCUUGUAGAGAGCUGCGUCAAGCUUUUCCAGGCGCUUUCCACCGACUCUUCCUUCGGCCAGUUCCAAACGCUCGUCUUGGAAAACGAACAACUCAGAAACAAGGCCACAGACGUCAAGACCGCGUACGAUGUGAAUCUUCAGACCCUGACGGGCCUCCAGAGUGAAGUAGCGGUGGAACGCGGACGGACGGCAGCCAAGGCUUCCCAGCUCGAAGCCGCCAACAAUACGGUGGCCGAGUUGAAGAAGAAGAUUGAACUGACUGAAACUGCGCUGAAAGAGAAAGAGACGCAGCUUAAAGCAGAUGCGGAAGGGAUUUCGAAGCUGCAAGGAGAGCUCAAGAAAAGAGAGGCUAAAACCACCCAGCUGGAAAAUGCUCUCAAAGCCACAAAUUCGGCCGUUGCAGAAGCGAAGAAAUGCGAGCAAAAGGUUCAAGGAGAACUGAAGACACUGAAAGCGGAGCUAGAUGAGAGGGAUGCCCGGCUGAGCAAGCUUGACAGAUUCGUUGUGAAGCUCGAGCCAGCGCUGUCUGAUGCCACUCGGGGUCAGCUGGGUGCUAUAUUCAAAGAUUCAUUCUCCCUGAUGCGCAAGUAUAUGGGAAUUGACCUUGCAGAGGAGGUGCUGAGUAAUCCCACCCGGUGGAAUGAGAUGCGCAAGCACCUCGCCACGCGAGGCAUUUAUUCUCCUUUGACGAACUCGUCUGUUGCCAAGAAGAUGCGAGUUGCUGCUUCCUUGGCCAUCCUUGCAACUGAGCUGAGAGAACAUGUCUUCCAGCCGACCUACCUGCUGGGCGAUGAUGAACUGGCAGGCUUGCUGAACGGCCUCGGGUUAACAACUUCCGAGCUUGAAAAGGGGGCGCACCUUCGUUCGGUCCUCUUGAACUUAUGCCCGCCCCAGCAUGAACAACAUGCUUCGGAACGAGCAAAGAAAGCCAGUAACAAUGUGGUCAAGUGCGUGGGUCCUUUGCUGCUGCAUGAGAGCAAGCAGAAUGAAUUCGCAUCGGCUCUUCACAAAAUCUGUCAGGACGCAAGCCGUUGUUGGGAGAGCGUACAACGGUUGGCCAACAGAGUGGACCCCGUGUCAGACUUGGAAACCGACCUCGACACUGACCCCUGGAAGCUGAUGGAGUUUCCGGGAAUGGACGGCCAGUCGCCCAAGGCCCAAGGGUCUCCUUCUCCUGGCGGCAAGAAAAACGGCGCACGACCCAAACCAGAGGCGUCCGGACCGAGCUUGGGCGCGGUCGAGAACAUUGACGCCUUCGUCUGGCCCACCUUCGUCUUGUUUAAAGAGAACAACGAUCAAGAGACGCUACACGAAGGUCUGGUGCUGAGUAGGGCCCAGGUCGAUGAGGCCAGGGCGGAGGCGAGCAGACGGACGGCGAGGCAGAAUUCGCGGAGGCAAAGCACCCACAACGGGGUCGAUGCGACAGCGAAGAAGGCUUUUUUAUCCGCAGGAGCUGGCGGGCCGUCAGGAAGCAACUGA